UAUCUAUACUGUUGUCGUAAAGUUCUUUUCUGUGCGAAGCCAUUUUACGGUAUACGUCUAGCAAACAAAAGUAUAACAAUGGAGAACGAUAACGGAUUACUUGUUGACUUGUACAUCCCAAGAAAAUGCUCAUCAAGUAACCGCAUAAUUCACGCUAAGGAUCAUGCGUCUAUACAAUUGAGUAUUGCUGAUGUUGAUCCUGAAACUGGACGCAUGACUGAUUCUCAAAAAAUGUAUGCAAUCUGCGGAGCUAUUCGUCGUAUGGGUGAAUCUGAUGAUUGCUUGGUGCGCCUUGCGAAAAACGAUGGUAUAUUACCGAAAAACUUUUAA